AUGAUAGAAAAGGAGGAAGCAAUUGACAUUACUCUUCAGCAGUCUCAAGUGUCUCCACAGCAGGUGAGCUUUCUGCCAGGAGAGGAGAAGCUGGUGGAUGUGCAAGUGUUUGCUCCAACCAAAGGCCCUCUUGACCUCUAUAUUCUUAUGGACUUCUCCAAUUCCAUGGCUGAUGAUUUACACAACUUGAAGAGCAUGGGCAAAGAGCUGGCUUCAUUGGUUAAGCAGCUGUCAGAUGACUACACCAUUGGGUUUGGAAAGUUUGUGGACAAAGUGAUUGAGCCCCAGACGGACAUGAGACCCACCAAACUUGAGCAGCCGUGGCCCAACAGCAACCCUCUGUUCUCUUUCAAAAACGUCAUCAAACUGACCAACGACUUGGAUGCCUUAAACAGGGACCUCCAGAAGGAGAGAAUAUCUGGCAACCUGGAUGCUCCUCAAGGAGGUUUUGAUGCCAUAUUGCAGGCUGCAGUUUGUGGGGUUAGUAAGCUCUGCGUACAUUUGGGUGGCAAAAAUAGACUUGUGACCAGACACUUGUGAGUUUAAAUCCCAG